AUGUCCAACCUUCUCCCGACAUUCGAUGUAGAGUCACCGGAGAAGUUAUACUCCUCCCUGGUGAACUCCACGCAUAACUUCCACAGUCACUACAUUUCUCGUCCACACAUUAAACGUCGCCCUGAAGCCUAUGCCUGGACCCUUGAUGAACGUAUCCUCCAGGCGGAAAAGAAGGCAGUGGAGGAUGGUAUUUCGUUCCAAGAGGAACCGACCCUUGACCGUCUCCAUCAGUACCAGUCGUCCAGGGAUGAUCUAAUUGCCCUCCAACAAUGUGUUCGGACUGAAUCCUGGCGUAACUUUACAGAUAGCAUUAACCACCAGACAAGCGUGGGAGCCAUGUAUCACCUCAUCAACAAGGUGGUCAAGAAAAAGUCCUCUAGUGCCGUUCACCACAGCCCAGCAGAGUACGCACAAGAUCUUGUGGAAACAUGGUCUGCACAAUCCCAAGCCCGUAAUCUCCCGGAGCACAUUCAAGAGGCCCUCUCCUCCCAGUCAAAUCUCCGCGCCCUUCGUCUCAUGGCGGCGUUGCUGAAGGUUGAUGAAGAGGAUACGGUGGUGAUAACCGAGGAGGAACUGCGGCGUGUCCUCAUUCGUGGUAGGGCAACUGUCCCCGGUGAUGACGAUGUCACCUACUCAGUUCUCCGUUUGCUCCUGAAAGUCCCCGGCAACCCCCUUCUCCUGCUUUACAAUCUCUGUCUCUGCACGGGGUAUGUACUCAAUGCCUGGACCUACAGCACAGUAGUACCCAUUCCAAAAUGCGGCACUGCCAAAUUCAGACCCAUCUCCCUCACCUCUUGCUUCAGCAAGGUGAUGGAGCGUAUUCUCCUUACCCGUCUCAUGUUUCGGCUGGAGAACAAACUCUCACCCAGCUUGUAUGGUUUCUUGCCACAACAGAGUACGCAUCACUGUCUCAUGGAACUCUAUACCCGUCUUUCCCCUAUGAGUGUCGUAGCCGUCAUCGACCUUAAAAGUGCCUUUGAUGUUGUAAAUAUGUCACGUGCCUGA